ACAACAUUUUUUUACCAACAAAUACUUAUAUAUAUGUGUUACUAAUUAGACAUCUCUAAGUGUAGACCAAAAUGGGAACUAUCACUAUAGUAUUCAGUAUGAGUGUACUUGUUGUUGUAUUGGGCUUGGUUGGAUCCGACCCGGAUCCGCUCCAGGACUAUUGUGUGGCUGAUACCAAAAAAGCAACAAGAGAAAAUUUCUAUUGCAAUGGUGUGCCAUGUAUCAAUCCAGAACAUGUAGACACUUCCCAUUUUGCAACAUCAGCUUUGUCCAAGCCUGGUAAAAUUGGCAAAGUUUUUGGUUUCAAUGUGACACUUGCUACAAUUUUCAAUUUGCCAGGUAUGAACACUCAAGGACUCACAAUGGCAAGAAUAGACAUUGGUGCAAAUAGCCUCGUGUCCCCUCAUUCCCACCCUCGAGCCUCAGAAGUGGCUAUUUUGCUAAAGGGUUCACUUUUAGUAGGAUUUAUCAACACCUCAAAUCACUUGUUUACCCAAAAUUUGAGACCUGGAGAUUGUUUUGUUUUCCCUAAAGGUUUGAUCCAUUUUCUUUACAAUACGGACUCUAAGGUGCAAGCAUUGGUCGUGUCUGGGCUGAGCAGCCAGAACCCCGGUCUCCAAAUGGCUUCCCCGGUCGCGUUUGCGACAGCGCCGACUAUGCCAGAUGAAAUAUCUGAGAAGUUUUUUCAGAGCAACGACCAAGAUGUUACAAGAAUCAGGACGAACCUCGAUGGAUGAUUAUGUUUUAUUGAUAUGGUUGUUGUUGAGUAUAUAUGAUUACUUUUUUCC